GGUCUCUGGGCGGGCCGAGGGAGGCUCCCGACGCGGGGGCCGGGCCGGGAUGGCGGCGGCGGCGGCCGGAGCCGGAGCGUGGUCGGCUCAGGAGAAGCAGUUCCCGCCCGCCCUGCUGAGCUUCUUCAUCUACAACCCGCGCUUCGGGCCACGCGAGGGAGAGGAGGAAAAUAAAAUUUUGUUUUAUCAUCCCAAUGAAGUGGAAAAGAACGAGAAGAUUAGAAACGUGGGAUUAUGCGAAGCCAUUGUCCAGUUUACAAGGACCUUCAGCCCUUCAAAGCCUGCAAAAUCUUUGCACACACAGAAGAACAGACAGUUCUUCCAUGAACCGGAGGAGAAUUUCUGGAUGGUCAUGGUCGUUCGGAAUCCUAUAAUUGAAAAGCAGAGUAAAGAUGGAAAACCGAUUGUCGAAUACCAAGAGGAGGAGUUGCUGGACAAGGUCUAUAGCUCAGUGCUACAGCAGUGCUACAGCAUGUACAAGCUUUUCAAUGGGACGUUUCUGAAAGCCAUGGAAGAUGGAGGUGUCAAGCUCCUGAAGGAAAGAUUAGAGAAAUUCUUUCAUCGGUAUCUGCAGACGCUGCACUUGCAGUCCUGCGACCUGCUCGACAUUUUUGGCGGAAUCAGCUUCUUCCCCCUGGAUAAAAUGACGUACCUGAAAAUCCAGUCCUUUGUCAACAGAAUGGAGGAAAGCCUGAACAUAGUCAAAUACACCGCGUUUCUCUAUAACGACCAGCUCAUCUGGAGUGGAUUAGAACAGGAUGACAUGAGAAUUCUGUACAAAUACCUCACCACCUCUCUCUUUCCGAGGCACAUGGAACCCGAGUUGGCAGGAAGGGAUUCUCCAAUAAGGGCAGAAAUGCCUGGAAACCUACAACACUAUGGAAGAUUUCUGACUGGACCCCUGAACCUAAAUGACCCAGAAGCAAAAUGCAGAUUUCCCAAGAUUUUUGUCAAUACAGAUGACACUUAUGAAGAGCUCCAUUUAAUCGUGUAUAAGGCCAUGAGCGCCGCCGUGUGCUUCAUGAUUGAUGCCUCCACGCAACUGACGGUGGACUUCUGCCGGAGGCUGGACAGCAUCGUGGGGCCCCAGCUGACAGUGCUGGCGUCGGACAUUUGUGAGCAGUUCAACAUCAACAAGAGAAUGUCUGGGUCUGAGAAGGAGCCCCAGUUUAAAUUUAUCUACUUCAACCACAUGAAUCUAGCAGAGAAGAGCACCAUCCACAUGCGGAAAACACCCAGCGUGUCGCUGACCUCUGUCCACCCUGACCUGAUGAAGAUCCUCGGCGACAUCAACAGUGAUUUCACUCGCGUGGAUGAAGACGAAGAAAUCAUUGUAAAAGCCAUGAGCGACUACUGGGUUGUUGGGAAGAAGUCCGACCAGCGGGAGCUCUAUGUUAUUUUGAAUCAAAAAAAUGCAAACCUGAUUGAAGUCAACGAAGAGGUAAAGAAGCUCUGUGCGACGCAGUUCAACAACAUCUUCUUCCUGGACUGACCGCUCGGCUCGCCAGGCGCCUGGGACGACUGCGGACACUUGUUUACGCUGCAGGUCACUGGCCGUGUCUGCCUGGACGGUGACGAGAGUAAAGCAAUACUUGCUUUGAGGAAUCAGCUUUGUACUCGGUCUGAUGAUCCCCUGAGGUUUUUAGAUUUUACAUAAUUUAUGUGGAAUUGACUACAGGUAGUGGGCUGUAUCUAUCAUUCCAUUCUUUUGACAUUAUGUGAAUAUUUUACUGGAAAGUAAAACUAAUAAAUUGUUAAAGUUUCUAAGA